UUAGAGGUACUACAGCAGACAGGAACCAGUGUCAGAGCAGCAGUGGCAAACAAAGACAAAAAUGUCAACACUGAGGAGAUUUAUAGAAAACUGCGUGAGCAGUACCCAGGUCUGAAAGAACUGAUGGAGAGCAGAUUCCCUGAUGAUUCUUAUCAGAAAGCACUGGAGCUGAUGAGGGAAGACUUUGGAAAGAUCCAGCGCUCAUUCAGUGAAGUUCACAGAGUCAGGGAGCUGAUUAAACUGGGAGAAUCAGUUUGCAAAGUGGUUGUUGGGGAUGUUUGUCAGGGAACGGGCUUUGUGCUGUUUGACAACUUCAUCCUGACUAACGCACACAUAUUGAAAGGUUGUGUAGAAGGAGGAAAGCUGAAGGAGGGUAUACAUGUGUAUGUUUUAUUUAACUAUGAAGAUCCUGAGCCGCACACAAAGUACUACUACUUUCAGCUGGCUCGCCGUGGCAUCUGCUACAGUGAGGGUGAGCUUGAUUAUGCCAUACUUGAGAUCAAUCCUAAGGGCCAGAUACCCAACCAAGCAACACAAACAAAGCAGAUCAAGGUGCCACCAGGGCUCCUGCAGAGAUUUAGUCCAAUACCGCCAAAUGGUGAAGCCUGUAUUGUUGGUCAUCCAGCAGGAGGCCUGAAACAAAUGGAUCCAACAUGUAUCAUUGAGAAAGAGAAGCGGGAGCAGGCUGUCCAUGAUCAUCUACAGCCAUACAAAGACAAUCUUUUCAUUGUCUACUCAAUCACUCACCUUAUCAAAAAGCAAGGCAUUGAAAACAUAAUGAUUGGUGGAGACAAAGCAGACAACGUAGCGACCUACAACACUUUCAUGUAUCACGGCUCUUCUGGCUCUCCAGUGUUUGAUGCUCAUGGUCGAGUGUUUGGUUUGCACACCGCAGGAUUUGUCUAUGGGUUUCCAAACCAUAAAAAAAGUGUGAUAGAGUUCGCCCAACCUCUGCUGACUAUAUUCAAACACUUUGUGAGUCAGCUGAAGCAAAACGGAAAUGAGGCGAUGUUGAAGAGA